GUGGUAAUACCUCUUCAUCUCUACUCUACUUGGUCACGGUAAUACUAUCAUUACCGUGACUUGGUUCCUUUAUGGACGUAGUAUUACUCUUUGGUUUGUGUACCUCUCUCUCUAAUGGUCUGUGCUAAUACCUCUAAUGUGGGUUACACUUUCCAUUUUCUUUCUGAAUACAACAUAAACAUUAUACGGAGUAAACGCAUUGCGUAAAUUAAUGCAUUGUUGAUUGAUGUAUAUAGGUAAGUAUGUAAUGGGAAAAUUGCGCUGGAGGAAACUAAAUAAAAUCAUGAUUUCGUUCAAGAGGUUACAUUUCUUACAUUUACAUUGUAGAAAUAAAAGCAGUUUAGGGCUAUGGCAAGAAGAUCUAUGUACUAACAUUAAACUAAAUGUAGAGAAACACUGGUCAAAUGAAGUCCGACACGGGAUAAAAAAUGAUACAACUAGAAAUUAUUUUUAUGUUUUACCAAUGUUUCCAUACCCAUCUGGAAACUUGCACAUGGGCCAUGUGCGAGUAUAUUCUCUAUCUGAUACAAUAUCAAGAUUCCAAAAACUUUGUGGACAAAAUGUCAUACAUCCUAUUGGUUGGGAUGCAUUUGGUUUGCCAGCUGAAAAUGCUGCUAUAGAGCGCAAUAUACAACCAAACACCUGGACUAAUUCAAACAUUGACUCAAUGAAGAAGCAACUUGUUCAAAUGGGAUUUGAAUUUAAUUGGGAUAGAGAAUUGUCAACAUGUGACCCCAAAUAUUAUAAAUGGACACAAUAUAUUUUCUUAAAAUUAUUUGAAAAAGGUCUAACAUACCAAAGCAAGGCUAUUGUGAAUUGGGACCCUGUAGACCAAACUGUUCUGGCUGAUGAGCAAGUAGAUGAACUUGGCUGCUCUUGGAGAUCAGGAGCCAAAGUAGAAAAGAAAGUUCUAACUCAGUGGUUCAUAAAAACCACCAAAUAUGCCAAAAAACUUUAUGAUGGAUUAAACAACAAGGCACUUGAAAAUUGGAAGGAUAUCAUCAAUCUACAGAAACACUGGAUUGGCGAAUGUAAUGGAGUAGUGGUAACAUUUCAAAUUGUAUUAGGUGAUAAGGCAUCAAGUUUAGAAGUUUGGACAUCUGAGCCUUAUAAAUUCAUCCAUGGAACUUUUUUGACAAUAAGCACUAAUAGUAUUAUCACUCAAGAUAUUACAGACACUCAUUUUAAAGUUAUUAAUCCACUUACUAACAAGGAAAUGCCUGUAUAUAUCACUGAUAAUGUAGAUUAUCCAGAGGGCCGAGAUGUCUACAUUGCUUGUCCUCAGUUGGACCAAAAGGAUGAGGUGUUAGCUAACACUUUAAACCUUCCCCCUGUUCAGAAGGGAAGUAUGAUAAAUGUUGAUACUGAGAAUAAAAAGGCUAUCAAUUGUGCGUAUGAAAUGGAUGUUGGAGGCCAUUUUGUAAGUUCAAAACUUAAAGAUUGGCUCAUAUCUAGACAAAGAUACUGGGGGACACCAAUACCUAUUAUUCACUGUGGUGAAUGUGGAACAGUUCCAGUACCAUAUGAAGACUUGCCAGUAGAAUUGCCAAUUUCUAACCAUCUUGAUACUGGUAUACAGACAUUGGCAAAGCUAGAUGAAUGGGUGAAUUGCAAAUGUCCAAUAUGUAAAUCAGAUGCUAGAAGAGAAACGGACACAAUGGACACAUUUGUAGAUUCUUCUUGGUAUUAUUAUCGGUUUUUGGAUCCACAUAAUUCUCAUAUGCCAUUUAAUAAAGACAAACUUGUUGGAAAAACCCCAGUUCACAUAUACAUAGGGGGGAAAGAACAUGCAGUUUUACAUUUAUAUUAUGCUCGGUUUAUGAGCUACUUUUUACACUCCCUUGGCUGGACACCAACUGAGGAGCCUUUUAAAAAGUUACUAGUGCAAGGAAUGAUUAUGGGACAAUCUUACAAAUUAAAAUCUUCAGGAAAGUAUAUACCUCCUGAUACAGUAGAACAAGUAGGAAAGGAAUAUAAGGAGAAAGAGACUGGAGAACCUGUAAUAAUGCAGUGGGAAAAAAUGAGCAAAUCUAAACAUAAUGGGGAAAAUCCAGAAAGACUAUUAUCAGCAUAUGGAUGUGAUACAACAAGAUUACUCAUGUUAGCAGAUGUUCCUCCAGCUACUAGUAGACAUUGGUCUGACGCAACAUUACCAGGUGUUUUAAACUGGCAGCACCGUUUGUGGCUUACAAUAAGAGAAUUUCUUAAACAUAGAAAUGAUGAUAGUUUACAUAAAAGUAAUAAUAUUACUAAGGAUGAAUUCAAGAAAUUUGAAAACAAGCUCUGGGAUUCAAAAAAUUACUUUAUAGCAACUGCUACUUACCAUUUUAAACACACUCAGCAUAUCAGUGUGGGUAUAUCAAGAUUGCAAGCAUUAACCAAUGCACUGAGGAAUAAAGUUCAUCCAGAAAUAAUUUCAAACAGUAAAGAAUUUGAAAUUGCACUAGCAUCAUUAAUAAUAAUGCUAGCCCCAGUAACACCUCAUUUUUGCUCCGAACUUUGGGCAGGAUUUACUUCAGCUCCACACCGAAUAAACAGUGAUGCUAUAAAUUGGGAGAAAGGUGUACUGGAACAGAAGUGGCCAAGAGUGAAUGAUGACUAUUGUUUACAAUUUCAGUGUAAAAUUGAUGGAGCUGAUAGAUGUGAACUUAAAAUAAAAGCAAGUGAUCUUGAAAAUUUAAGUGAAGACAAAGCUUUACAAAUGAUGAUCAAAGAACAAAAAGUGUCAAAAAGGUUAAAAACAGGCAUUUUGAAAACAAAGUAUGAACUGUAUCCAGGUUGUCGAGCGAUUUUACAUAUAUUUACAAAUAGACCCACACAACCAAUACAAGAGAAAUUAGCUGAAUAGGCAGUUGCAAUGCACUGGCUAGGCCGUCAAUUCAAUGGCGCAUGAUUAUUAUUGGACUACGCUUGCAAUGCAAACUCUUUUGUAGUUUUGAAAUAUCAUUAUAAUGAAAAUUAAGGCAAAAGGGGUGCAUUAAUGGGGUUAAUGGCAAUAGGCUCGCCCCCUAUUACAAGGGAUUUGAAACAGCUGAUAAAGAGUGGGUGUAUACAGGCUGUUAGUGACACUGUAACUAAAACUUUGAUGGGUGAUUUAGAUCAUGAUUCUGAGUUGAUAUUAAGUGGAAUUUUCCGACGCAAAAUUAUGGAACUGAAAAUAAUUUAAAAAAGCAGUAAUAAUUUUAUGAAUUUUCGGACAGGAAAAGCCACUUGAUGAUCAAUAAUAAUUAAAUACCCUUAUGGCCACCUGUACUUAAUUCUACAUGGUGUAAGUGACAUCGUAACGAAUACUGAGGGAGGAUUCGGUUCAUGAUUUUGAGUUAAUAUCAAGUGGAAUUUUCCAUCGCAAAAGUAUAGAAUUGAAAAUAAUUUUAAAAUCUCAAAAAAAAAAAAUGUAUUUUGCAACGGAAAAUUCCAGUUGAUAUUAGCUCAGAAUCGUAAGCUGAGUCAUCCCCCCAGUAUUCGGUACGAUGCGAUGUUACUAACAUGUACACUAUACACCUCUGCCUACCCCUUCGAGGUUAAGGCGUGAUGCUCUGUUGUUAAGUUUUAUAAAAUUAAGUUAAAUAAAAUGUAUAGAGAAGUGUU